CCUCUUUUACUAAUGAGAGGAACAUGUGGGACGGAGAAGGCGGCUGGGCACCAGCCUUCUCUGCUUGGACAGGAUCUUCCCGUUUCCAUCCCAAAGGACACUGGACGUCGGCAACCCAUAUCUAGACCUGAGAAUCUCUCCUCUGACAGGUUGUGCCUUCUCCCUGGGGAAGAAGACACCAGAAACCCAACUGAAAGGUGUUGGAUGAUCCACAUCCACCAAUAUAUAGCCUUUCUGGCAAACAUUUUCCAUUUAUGAUUAGCCUCUGUGAAUCCCUCCCCUGUGUAUCUUUUGAGAUGGGGGAAACAGAACAAGAGGGACUUGGAGGCAGUAGGCCGCUUAGUCCGUCCUGCUUAGAGGAUGCGUCAUGCAACCCCUCAAUACCUCCUCUGCCUCUUCCUGCUGCAAUCAGAGGGGGUCUCUUGGGAUCUGAUGAUGAAGAACAAGAGGACCCUCGAGAUUAUUGCCGAGGUGGUUACUAUCCUGUAAAAACUGGGGACUUGUUCAACGGACGCUACCAUGUUGUGCGGAAACUUGGCUGGGGGCAUUUUUCUACUGUCUGGCUUUGUUGGGACAUUCAGCGGAAGCGUUUUGUGGCCCUCAAAGUGGUGAAGAGUGCGGUGCAUUAUACGGAGACAGCUGUGGAUGAGAUAAAGCUGCUGAAAUGUGUGCGAGACUCUGAUCCCAGUGACCCCAAGCGGGAAACCAUUGUACAGUUGAUUGAUGAUUUCAAGAUCUCAGGGAUCAAUGGUGUCCAUGUUUGCAUGGUCCUAGAAGUUUUAGGGCAUCAGCUGUUGAAGUGGAUCAUCAAGUCCAACUACCAAGGGCUUCCUAUUCCUUGUGUCAAGAGUAUUCUACGUCAGGUAUUGCAGGGCCUUGACUACCUCCACACCAAGUGCAAAAUCAUCCACACAGACAUAAAACCGGAGAAUAUCCUGAUGUGCGUAGACGAGGGCUAUGUGCGACGCCUGGCAGCUGAGGCCACCGUUUGGCAACAGACUGGGGGGCCUCCACCUUCUGGGUCUUCAGUCAGCUCUGCACCCCAGGAAACCCUGAAUGGGAAGCUGUCCAAGAACAAGCGGAAGAAGCUGAAAAGGAAGCAGAAAAGGCAGAGCCAGCUCCUGGCCGAACGCCUUCGGGACCUUCAGCAGCUGGAGGACUUGUCCGUUGCAGCCGCAGGGGAUGCCAGUGGAUCUACCCUGACUUCAGAAUUGCAGGGUGGGACCCCCAUCUCUGUCUCCACAGUUGGAGGAACAGAGCCCUUGGGGGGCUCUCUAGCUUGCAGCCCCCAGAGCUUGACCUCCUCCUCUGGUUUCUACACGCACAAUGCCUACGACAGCUGCAAUGGACAUUCUCCCCCAGGAACUGCCAGCCGCCACUUCAGCCCAGAAUCAGCAACUUCCGGCUUCUCAGGGUCCCUCUUCUCCGGCUCAGCCAUGUCCAAUGCCUCUAACCAGCGGGAGCGUGGAGGUCUUCUUUCCCCCAGCACUUUUGGUACCUCUGAAUUUCUGGUGAACCCCUUGGAACCGCAGAAUGCAGACCAGAUCCGGGUGAAGAUAGCAGAUCUAGGCAAUGCCUGUUGGGUGCACAAACAUUUUACAGAGGACAUUCAGACACGGCAGUAUCGGGCACUGGAGGUCCUAAUUGGUGCCGCCUACAACACCCCGGCCGAUAUCUGGAGCACAGCAUGCAUGGCAUUUGAGCUGGCAACUGGCGAUUACCUCUUUGAACCUCACUCAGGCGAGGAUUAUACCAGGGAUGAAGAUCAUAUUGCUCACAUUGUUGAAUUGUUGGGCGACAUCCCUCCACACUUUGCUCUUUCGGGGCGCUAUUCGCGUGAGUACUUCAACCGAAGAGGGGAACUGCGGCACAUUAAGAACCUGAAACACUGGGGCCUGUAUGAAGUCCUGGUGGAGAAAUACGAGUGGCCUCUUGAGCAAGCGGCCCAGUUCACAGACUUCCUCUUGCCCAUGAUGGAAUUCCUCCCAGAAGAGCGCAGCACAGCCGCCCAAUGUCUGGAGCACCCUUGGCUCAACUCCUAAUCCUGAAAGGACUGGUUGCUCAUAGAAAGGAAACCCCUGCUCAUGAGGAUUUCCCUGGUAGAGGGAUCCUUGUCCCCUCAGAGAGGCGAAGUAGGAGGUUUGUGUUUUCUCCAGGGCUUCUCCUUCUCCCCACUCUGUGAUUCGAGACGGCUGCUCCAGCCAACAGUUUACAUGGUGGACUAGAUCCCCAGAAGCCAGGUGAUCAUUUUGCCGCCAGUUCCAAAGCACCCAUCAUCUCUUGUCUUGUCUCCUUUUCUCUGGAGAUGUUGCCUUCUUGGAGUGAUCAAUAGCCAUCUUUUUCUUUUUGGACUGCCCUUGA